UAACCCCGCACCAGAGAACUUCUUUUUCCAUGACAUCUUCACUGCUGGUUCUAUGACGAUAGUGUCAUGACAACUUCCUCUCAGCACACUGCGCUUUUCUGCAUCGGUAAACUAUGAUAUUCACAGAGCCGAAGGUGGUGCUCUCGGCGGUAUUCGCCUUGUGUAUACUGGGUCUCAUCCGAUCAUAUUUUCUGUGCCCCUUGAAACACAUUCCUGGGCCGUGGUACACACUGAUCACGCAUUAUGUCUUGAAGUUCAACACCAUUCGGGCUCGGCGAAUUCAUUACAUUCACUCGUUGCACCAACGUUACGGGCCCGUCGUGCGAAUCUCGCCCUACCAAGUGGCGGUGGCUGAUCCUGAUGCCUUUGUCGCCAUUCAUCGCAUAGGCUCCGGAUUCUACAAGUCGCCGUUCUACGAGGAUUUCACCGGCCCUUCGGGCAUCGGUAUCGGUCUCUUCUCCAUGACGGACCCGAAGAGACAUGCUGCUCGACGCAAACUGUUUGCUCGAGCCUUUGCCAAAGCCAGUGUCCGCCAGAAUUGCGAACCAGUCGUCCGAGAGAAGGUUAGGAGGGCUGUAGACAGGAUAAAAGCAGAAGCCGCUCAUGGAUCUUCCGACAUUCUCCACUGGUGGUUACUUAUGGCUUCAGACGUGAUUGGCCAAUUGUCUUUCGGGGAGUCUUUUGAGCUCCUAGAAACUGGAAAGAAAAACGAAUUUGUCGAAACGCUUCACGUGACAGGUCUCAGUACCUUCAUCAACUAUGAGUUUCCGUUGCUUUACGCAGUGUCUCGGUAUAUACCGAUCGGCUCAGUGCAAUGGAUACUCAAGGCCGCAACAUCUGUUCGGUCCUACGGCAGUCGUGCUGUUGAGAACCUACGCAAACACCGAAACAACAAAAGCAACAUCUUCGCCGCCGCCCUGGCAGAGUGCGAAGCAGACGAGAAGGGAAACCUGACCGACGAAGACAUCAAAAUAGAAGCGGGAAAUUUCAUCCUCGCUGGCGCGGACACUACAGGUUCUACUCUAGCGUACCUCGUGUGGGCCAUUCUCAAAAGGCCCGAACUCCAGGCUCGGCUGGAAGCCGAGGUUGCCGCGGUUGAUGAGGAUAGUGUUUUCGACGACGCUUCCUUGGAGAAGUGCAAGCUUCUCAAUGCUGUUAUUGAAGAAACUCUGCGUCUUUAUGGAAGUGUCCCGGGCAACCUUCCACGUGUCGUGCCACCCAAGGGCGCCACGUUUGGUGGAUACCAUAUUCCCGGCGGGCUAGAGAUCGAAACACAGGCUUAUACCCUCCAUCGAGAUCCGAACGUGUGGCCGAGCCCAUUGGAGUUUGACGAAAAGCGGUGGUUGGACCCAGCUACGAUCACACCUCAGCAGAGGAGUAGCUUAUGCCCAUUCGGCGCUGGUACACGGGUCUGCAUUGGUCUCGAUCUCGCCCGUAUGGAGCUGCGGAUGGCAGCCGCAGCGCUGCUCCGCCAAUGUCCCGGCCUCAAGCUCUCAAGCAGCAUGACGGACGCGAUGAUGGAAAUGGAGAAUUACUUUUCGAUAGUUCCAAUUGGGCAUCGUGUCGAUGUCACAUUGUUACCAUAGGUAAUUUGCCUUAUCCAUUCUUGGAGGGAAAUCAUUAUCGAAAUGCACUUUGCACUGUGGCAAUUUCGUCUGGCGGGAGCAAGGUCUUGAGCGGGUAUUUGGUAGGGUUAAGGCGUAUUCAUACCAACAGUUUUGAUAAAACACUGCCUAUUUACCCAUCUUACACAUACCCCUGCUGGUGCAAUCUGACAUCAGAAAGCCCCUCAAGCAGCAAGGGGCUUGUCGAGCAAUCAGCUGUGGUUCCCAUGCACUCCUUUUGUG